AUGCCCCAUAAACAUAAACGUAAGCGUGAGGAAGAUGAGUCAAAUUUCGACCUUCCGCCCACGUCGCGGGCCCGAACGCUGUCGGUCCACCAGAAGUCAGAACCCAUUUUCACCUCCGACGCGGACAAGAAGCGUGCGCAGGAAGUCAGGAAGCAGCAGAGGAAGAAGAAUAAGAAGGGCAAUAGUAAUGAUGAGGGCCACUUCGAGGACGACACACCCAAGGCCUUUAGACGACUGAUGUCGUUCCAGCCCGGUGGGAAGAGGAUACCCUCGGGCCUAGACGAUGGGAAUACCUCGAAGAAGAAGCAGAGGCAGAAGCAGAAAAGGGAGGACAAAGUGACACCACGCUCAACCUCGGCGUCGUCGAAACCUGAAGGGAGAAACGCCACAACCACCGCUUCGACGGAACCGUCCAACCCACCAGCACCGGACACCACCACGAAGGCGGCCAAAAACAACACCAUCAUCCCCCACAUCCUCCCGGGCGAAUCUCUCGCCGCGUACUCCCAGCGGGUAGACCAGUCUCUCCCGCUGACCUCGAUUCCGAAGCACCGCACACGCCUCAACACGAUCCCGGGGCUGGAGAAGAUCAAGACGCCGCUCACGAAGCACAACAAGCGCCUGGCGCGCAUGCAGCAGGAGUGGCGGGCCACGGAGCAGCGAUUGAGGGAGAAACAGGAGGAAGAGGACGAGGAGCGCGCCGAGCGGCGCGAGGAGGACGAGAUCCUCUGGCUCGGGGCGGGGAUCGAUCCCGCGAAGCAGGUCGUCACGUUGAGCAAGGGCGGUGGGAAGAAGGCCAAGAAGAGGCGUAAAGGCGGUGCUGGUGGCGCUGGUGGGAGGGUGGUGGACGUCGACGACGACGCCGACCCCUGGAAGAUAUUGGAGAAGAAGCGCCGUGAGGAGGGCCAGUUGGGUAGGCAGGUCAAUUUACAGGACGUGGUGGCCGCGCCGCCGAUCUUGAAGCCCGUGAAGAAUAUCUUCAAGGAGAAGCCGCAAAGAACGACGACUGGGGCGAUCUCGGUAGUAUAA